AUGGCCACAAUCCUCGACCUAAUCGUCUUCCUGAUCAUUAUCAUUGUUGGCGUUGUCGUGUCUCGUCUUCGUCGGGCUCCUAGAAAUGCGAACCCAACUCGCUUUCUCAAUCACCGCCCAGUUGAUGUGGACAGGCUUCAAAGACCUCGACAACAAGCUACAAUUCACCGACAAGAUAUGCAGGGCACCCAACAGCUUCUUGACCACAGUUUGGUAGAAGUGGCCGACGGUCUUGAUAUUGAUGCUAUAGUGGGGCCUGGUGUGCGUCCGCGUGCGGCUCGAGGAAAUUGGAGGAAGGGAGAGUGGGUUGUAGGAGGCUGA